GAAAGACAAGGAGCAGGGAUGGCGACUGUGACUCAGGACAGUUGGCAUCUGAGGACAUGGUGGUGGAUUUCACCCGGGAGAGGUGGCGGUGCCUGACCCCGGCUCAGUGUGCUCUGUACAGGGAUGUCAUGCUGGACACCUUUGGGAACCUGGUCUCCUUGGCACUCAGGACUGACUUCUGGAAAGUGGUAUUGCCUGAGGAGGAAGCCCAGGGAGGAGGAAGAGGAAAGACAAGGAACAGGGAUGGCGGCUGUGACUCAGUUGACAUUUGAGGAUGUGGCGGUGGAUUUCACCCAGGAGGAGUGGCGGUGCCUGACCCAGGCUCAGCGCACUCUGUACAGGGACGUCAUGCUGGACACCUAUGGGAACCUGGUCUCUGUGGGAGUCUCCCCUCCCAGCAUGAGUGUGAUUUUGCCAUUGGAGUUUCAGGAAGAUCCCUGGGUGGCAAAGAGCCAUGUGACAACUCCAGGAGAGCUGAAUGGUUGGGAAGGGGCCAAAAGCGUGAGUGCAGGUACCUCUCCUGGCUGUGUAAUUAAAGAAUUACCCCUAAAAGCAGGCAGCGGUCAUGGAGAAAUAUCCGGAAGUCAGCCUUGUUCCCUGAAGCAUCACAGGCGGAUCCACACUGUGGAGAAGUUGCACUGCUGUGCUAAGUGUGGGAAGGCUUUCUGCAUAUGUUCCCGUCUCCUGGAUCACGAGCAACGGAGCCAUAACAGCUCAAAGCCAUACCUCUGCACACAGUGUGGGAAGGCUUUCUCUAGACGUUACUGUCUCUUGGAUCAUGAGCGAUGCCAUAGUGGCGAGAAGCCCUACGUCUGUGCAGAGUGUGGGAAGGAGUUCAGCCUCAUGUCCAGCCUUGCUGUUCACUGCCGGAUACACAGUGGGGAGAAGCCAUACCGGUGUGGCGAGUGUGGCAAGACCUUUGUUGCGCUCUGUAUGCUCACCAAUCACCAGACCAUGCACAGUGGGACGAAGCCCCACCACUGUGCUGAGUGUGGGAAGGCAUUCAGCCAGGCCUCUGGUCUCACUGUGCACCGUAGGACACACACUGGGGAGAGGCCGUACUGCUGUGCCGACUGCGGGAAGGCAUUCAGCCGGGCCUACAGCCUCACCGUGCACCGCAGGAUGCAUACUGGGGAGAGUCCGUUUGUGUGUGGUGUGUGUAGCAAGGCCUUCAACCUGCGCCGCAGUCUUUUGGCACACCAGGCGUUACACACUGGCUGCAAGCCGUACAGCUGUGCUGAGUGUGGGAAGGGGUUCAGCCAUGCUUCUGGCCUUGCCACGCACCGCAGGUUGCACACUGGGGAGAGGCCUCACCGCUGUGCUCAGUGUGGGAAGGGGUUCACGCAUAAAACUGAGCUUGUGCGCCACAGCAGGAAGCACACUGGGGAGAGACCAUACCACUGUGCCGAGUGUGGGAAGGUAUUCAGCCAAGCCUCUGGCCUGGCCGUGCACUGCAGGACCCACACUGGGGAGAGGCCGUUCGUGUGUGACGUGUGCAGCAAGGCCUUCAACCUGCGCUCCAGCCUCUCAGCACACCAGGCCUUGCACACUGGCUGCAAGCCGUACAGCUGUGCUGAGUGUGGGAAGGCAUUCAACCACGCCUCUGGCCUUGCCACACAUCGCAGGCUGCACACGGGGGAGAGACCUCACCGCUGUGCUCAGUGUGGGAAGAGGUUCCUGCAGAAAAGUGGCCUUGUGCGCCACAACAGGACGCACACUGGGGAGAGGCCAUACCGCUGUGCCGAGUGCGGGAAGACGUUCACUGUGAAAAGCAACCUCACAGACCACAGCAGGACGCACACCGGGGAGAAGCCAUAUGCCUGCAGUGUGUGCGGCAAGGCCUUCAGCAAACGUACCUGCCUCAAUGCACACCAGACUGUGCACACUGGACUCAAAGCGUACAGGUGUGACAAGUGUGUGAAGGCAUACAAGAAUGCCUCUGGUCUUGCAGCCCAUCGCAGGACGCAUACCGGGGAGAAGCCAUACGCCUGUGACAUGUGCAGCAAAGCAUUCAGCACACGACAGACCCUCACCAAACACCAGGCUGUGCACAACGGCCGCAAGCCUCAUUAGUGCAUGGAGUGCAGCAAGGAGAUCCGCCCGCCGUGUCACCCACCUUGCGCACUGCAGGUCGCAGAGGCCAUAGGUGUGCGGUGAGAGAGGCAAACCUGAAAUUCCCACUCCCAACCACAGCAGCCACUGGGGUCCACACACCAGCCCUGCAACUGCCAAAAUGUGGGAAGACAUUUGUGCAGAACAUGUGUCUUAGGUGGCACAUGGAAUCAGAUGUUCAGCUGAAGUUCCAAACUCAGCCAUCACAGGCUUCAGACCCAACAGAAAACUUGGGGUGAAUGCAUCAGGGCAGGAUCCAUCCUUGUGCAGCCUCCGAGGACUCCUCAACAGAAUAUAAAAGCAAGGAUGACAACUGCAGGCAGGGAGUUCUGCUGAGUGGGCUGUUUCCUGCUGUCACCCCAGAAGGGGAUGGAGAGUUCCAGAGCAGCCUGAGCUAUAUAGCAAGAUCCUAAUUUUUCUAAACAGUUUGAGAAUAGCUGUCACCAAGAGCAGAACACAGAAAUUCUUGUCAUGCACACAGCAGAAGCUCAAAUAUGCGCCUCAAUCAGACGAGAAAGACUUCUUGCUGAAACCAUCCAGGCCAAGAGCUUGCCUCUACACGGGACAACUGGGAUCCAUUGGCUCCCUCGUUCUCCACUGUGAACUUCUCUAUUCUACCUGCCAGAGAAUGCCAAGCUGAGAAUAGGUCACAGUGAGAUUAUUCAAAGUGCAGGUAGGGGGGUGGGAAGUCGCCACUGUCCUUGGGUUUGUAGAACUUCUGUUGGGAGGGGCACUUUUGAUUUCAACACCAAAACUGCUGUGGAACAAUUCUCUGGGGGAAGGUGAGCUUUGAGCCAUCUGGGGGAUUCUUCCACCAAGUACCGCCAGGCCACUAUAUAGGACUGGUUCAGGAUGCCCCUUGUGGCCAAAAAUAACAGUCUGGGUGGCAUAAAUUUUACACAAGUUAAAAGUGUCUGUAGAAGGCCACCUGGUUCUAAUUGUUGCCCAUUGUAGGUGACAAAAGGUUGUUAAGGGGCUGGGGAGGUGGCUUAGUGGUAGAGCACUUGCCUUGCAUG